AUGCUUCACCUCCUGCGGGCUUUGUUCUUCCUGGUGUUUCUUGGGUCUGCAAAUGCGGCGGCGCCCACAAGGUGCGACGUGUCGCAGGCUCAACUGCCAAAGCCCUCCGACUUCCCUAUCAUCGACACUCUGCCAGACCCGUUCACGUUCCGGCUGUCUAACCGCCGCGUCAGCUCGCGCGCCGACUGGGAAUGCCGCCGAGAGGAGCUCAUGAUGCUCGUGCAGCAAUACCUCUACGGCUUCUAUCCCGACCACUCUCGCGAGCGGGUCGUGGCUCGGAGGUCGAGAGACAACCUGACGAUCAAUGUCUUCGUCGACGGCAAGUCGGCCAGCUUCCCCGCGAUCUUGACCUUCCCGCCGAGGAAUGCGACGCAUGCUGGACGGGUACCAGUCAUGAUCAACCCGGGCUCCAUUGACAACGGGCCGUUCCUGGACUCGGGCGUCGCCCUCGCUACGUUCGACGUCAGCACCGUCGCAGUUGACUCGACAGCUCGAACGGGGGCAUUCUGGACGCUAUACGACGACCGUGAUAUCGGCACUUUGACGGCAUGGGCGUGGGCUCACCACCGGAUCCUGGACGCGAUAGAGCAAGUUGCUCCAGAGGUGGACACAGCUCGUGUGGGGGUUAUCGGUUGCUCGCGCUUUGGCAAGUCUGCCCUUGCGGCAGGCAUAUUCGACAAAAGAAUCAAGCUCUCGCUCCCCUUGUCGAGCGGCGCAGAGGGCAUCGGGCCAUGGCGCUACUACUAUGAGAGUCAAGGCGCAGCGGAGAGAAUCAACAACAUCUUUGGCGGGUUUCCGUACUGGAGCAACACCGUACUGGGCGAGUUUGUCAACAUUCCCGGGAACUCUUCCCGACUCCCGUUCGACGCGCAUGAAUUGGUGUCGCUCAUCGCACCGCGGGCAGUACUCUGGGAUGAAGGGCAGGAGGACUGGUGGAUCAACCCCGAAGGCUCGAUCAGCGUGACACACGGCGGGGCGAAGGUUGUCUUCGAUUGGCUCGGUGCGGGCGAGAAUAUCGGAGUCCAUGUCCGUCAUCCGCCGGAUGAUGGCCACUGCGGCGAUACUGGAUAUUCUGUAGUACAGCCAUUCGUGCGCAAGGUCUUCUUCGGCACGCCGACGCAGGUGAACUUUAGCGACAUAUCGCCCUUUCCCGCGCACCCGGAGGCGUACCCAUGGGCGACGGCCACGCCGAAGGUACACCUCUAA